AUGCAACGCAUGCAUUGCAUGGGUUCACUUGUAUUCACAUGCCUGUGUGUUGUGUACGUUUCAGAUAUCUCUGAUUUCAACCAAAGAACUGGAUUGGAUGGAAUUUUGGGAGAAUCAAACGAAAAUCGGAAAUGGAUGAAGAUAAAAGUUGAAUUGGACGAUCUGGGACAAUACAGUGGUGUUCUGGUUGACAUCCUGAUUUUCAACAAUCUCGUUGUGUGUGACCAGCUUGGACCACUUGGCAAGUCCCAAACGAUGGCUAUGCCCGUCGUUGGAAAGUUGUUGCUGAACGCUGUACCGUAA